CUGCUGAAGCCGCGCAUGCGCACCGGGUGGGAAGCGCAAUUGAAAACGAGCAGCUAUGCCGCGCCAGGCAGAAACGAUUCCGGAGGCUUUGAACAACAGCCGAGAUAGCGGAGGACUGCUCCGGGGACGGCUGCACCGCGAGGCGGCUGGCGGUCGUUAAAUGCUUCUCGUCCCCCACCACCCUCCACAUGAGGUUAAGCGAAACUCCUCCUGAGAACGCAGUGUGGGCUGUUGACCGUACUCGCUGCUUGUCCUCCACCAUCCCUUCAGCGAUGCAUCAACAAUGUUGCCGCUCGCCGUCUGAGGAUUGAUGACUCCCACCUCCGGCUUGUUUGUGGGGACUGCGAGUCAAACUUGAAGCGAGAGACAAAGAGCGACAAUCAGCGGCGCUCACUAUGGUUUUAUUGACUGUGCGCAGAAGGAGAUGUGUGCGGAGCUGCUGGAUGGGGACGAUAUGCCUUCAGUUCUUGCUGUGGAUUUUAUGUGCCGUGAACGGAGAGGAGCAGCCGUUCAGCGUGGAGACAUGGCUCCAAAGGUAUGGCUACCUCCCUCCUGCAGACCCCAGAAUGUCAGUGCUACGUUCUUCCCGAGUCAUGCAGUCCGCUAUCGCUGCCAUGCAGCGCCGCUACGGCCUCAAUGUUACAGGAACUCUGGACAGCACCACCAUCGACAGUAACACAAUAAGGUGGAUGAAAAAGCCCAGAUGUGGCGUUCCGGACCAGAUAGCAGGCGUCUCAAAAUUCAACGUCAGGAAACGGCGGUACGCCCUCACGGGGCAAAAGUGGCAACACAAGCAUAUCACGUACAGCAUAAAGAACGUGACACCCAAAGUCGGCGCCGAGGAGACCCACGAUGCUAUCCGACGAGCCUUUGAUGUUUGGCAAAGCGUGACGCCGCUGCGCUUCGAAGCUGUGCCGUACAGUGAACUGGAACGAACCAAGAAAGACGUGGACAUCACAAUCAUCUUUGCCUCAGGUUUCCACGGCGACAGCUCACCCUUUGACGGCGAAGGUGGCUUCCUAGCCCAUGCCUACUUCCCAGGGCCAGGAAUUGGAGGAGACACGCACUUUGACUCGGAUGAGCCGUGGACACUGGGCAACCCCAACCAUGAUGGGAAUGAUUUGUUCCUGGUGGCAGUGCACGAGCUGGGCCACGCACUUGGGCUGGAACACUCCAACGACCCCACAGCGAUCAUGGCUCCUUUCUAUCAAUACAUGGACACUGAGAACUUCAAACUGCCCGUGGACGAUCUGCUGGGCAUCCAAAAGAUUUAUGGGCCUCCUGACAAGCUCCCACAGCCCACCAAGCCUUUGCCAACGGUGCCGCCCGCUCGCUCCAACCCGCCGUCGGAUCCGCGCAAACCGGACCGGCAGACCAGACCUCCGAGGCUGCCUCCCGGUGACAGACCGUCCCAUCCCAAUUCUAAGCCCAACAUCUGCGAUGGAAGUUUCAACACCUUGGCAAUACUAAGGAGAGAGAUGUUUGUGUUUAAGGACCACUGGUUUUGGCGAGUAAGAGAUAACGCAGUGAUGCCUGGGUACCCCAUGCUCAUCAGUGUUUUCUGGAGGGGGCUGCCACCUAAAAUUGAUGCGGUCUAUGAGAACAGUGAGGGCAAGUUUGUUUUCUUCAAAGGGAAGCAAUUCUGGGUGUUUAAGGACACGGUGUUGCAGGCCGGAUACCCGAAGGACAUCACCCAGUAUGGCCACGGCAUGCCGGCUCAGAGCAUAGAGACGGCCGUGUGGUGGGAGGAUGUGGCGAAGACCUACUUCUUCAAAGGCGACAGGUACUGGCGCUACAACGAGGAAAUGAGGACCAUGGACCCCGGCUAUCCCAAACCCAUCACCGUGUGGAGAGGUGUGCCUGAAUCGCCGCAGGGGGCCUUUGUGGAUAAAGCCAACGGUUUCACCUACUUCUACAAGGGGAAGGAGUACUGGAAGUUCAAUAACCAGUUCCUCAGAGUGGAGCCGGGCUACCCGCGUUCCAUCCUCAAAGACUUCAUGGGCUGCGACUUGAUGGCGGCGGACCCGGGGCGCCCGCCCGCCGGCGACGGCAACACGGACGUGGUCAUCGAGCUGGACAACGAGGCCAACACGGUGAAAGCGGUCGCCAUCGUCAUCCCGUGCGUGCUGGCACUGUGCCUGCUGGUGCUGGUCUAUACGGUCGUGCAGUUCAAGAGGAAGGGUACGCCGCGCCACAUACUUUACUGCAAACGCUCCAUGCAGGAAUGGGUUUGAAACGUGAAAGGAAGAGACGGCACGCUAUCACUUGAAGGACGACGCGGACGUUUGAAGCCGCGUCCUCUUUUGUCGGGCGAUCGGAACCACCAAUGGGGCCUGACGAUUGGCCCGUAUUGACCUUCAAGGCAUGACCUUCGGGACAAGAUGAUUGCUGAAUCAGCCUUUAUCACCAACGAGGGGAGCAGAGGGACACUUUGCGGGGGAAUGUUUCCUCUAAAAUGACCUUCAGAAAGUUAGGAGAAAAAAACUAAACAAAACAACAACAACAACUUGAGGUCCGUUUUCUUUUGUAUCUCUUUUGCCGGACUGCUCUUAAUCACAAUCAGGGGGAGGACUUUCAGCGGGACACACUCUUCCCACAGGCAAGUCAUUGUCAUCUGUCAUAUCAGGUGUUAAGACGUCCCCCCCCUAAAAAAAAAAAAAACAAAUCUGUGCCCCCCCCAACCAAAAGAUAAUCACACUUCUUUUUGUUUUAGUUUUCCAAUUUUUUUUUUUGAUUAUUUAAGGAGGUUGGCACUGUUCCCUUUAAAAUAUUCCCGAGGAAGAGACCAAACUAAACCAAAUAAAAUCUCUCCAAAGAGGAUCACUUAUCCUUCUUUUUUUUUUUUUGUUGUAUUUUUAUUUGAAUUUUUGGGGGGGAUAUUCAUUAAUUUCAUCAUCAAUUGAUCCGUCCUCCGGAUCCAUGCAGCGAUUAAUAGUGGGAGCUCUGACUGUUGUGGCAGUCUGUUUGAGACACAGGGGCCAAAAGAUUUUGCAAUAUUUUAACUCGCCUUAAUUCUACUUAAUAUUUCUUGUGCUUGGUUUUACUCUGCUGUUGUGUUGUUUUUUCUUUGUUUUGUUUUUUCUAUACUGCUCUUUGGUUUUUGUUUAUUUUGUAUGAGAAGCAGCUUUAAAAGCUUCUUGUAAUUUGGUAUUUCUGGAUUUUAUUACAUGACCCAGAAUGCUCAGCACUGGCUUGCUGAGCCCUUCUGGGCAAAGAAGAGUCGGCUUGUAAUGUUAUUCUAUGGAGGAGGUUCCAGGAGUAAAGCCACUAUUUUGUCUUUUACAUUUGUUGCUGUUAAAGUUUUAUUUCCCUGCGGCAGAUUUAUCGUGUCUUGAACAUCUUUGGAUUUGUUGGUUAUGUAUUUCUUUUAUUGCCUGAUGUCUUAAUGACCUUUUUAAAUAUCAGUCUCUGUGGUUUUUGUGAAUGGAUUUUUUUUUUUAAGAAAUCCUGUCUACUGCCUUUUUUUUUUUGCGAACUCUUACACAUCCCAGAAUACUGUUUUCAUUCUGUCCGAGGACCCGAAAAGUCAAGCUCAGUGCCUGUGUCAGCAUGCACGCAAGGUUUUACAACCGCACCUCUGCUCAACGUGGCUUUUUUUUUCCUUAAAAGCUCGGGGGGCCUUUUUUUAACCUUAGUUUAUAAUGCCGAACUCCCACCCGAAAGGUACACCCGCCAUCAAAUAGGUACAUCUGAGAAAAUAUCGGACAGUCUAUCCAGUUGGUCUCAUCGGCAGAUCAACUUUUUAACGUCCUCUCUGAAUGUCGUUUUUCAUCAGAGCAGUCUUCUUUUCUUGUUGAAAGAAAUGAAUCAUCUCACAUUUGUUUUUCGUGUAAGACGUCGGGACAAUGAAGAAAAAAUUUCCCGACACAAUGAAUAAAUCGAUCAAUACAUGAUGAGAA